CGGCCUGGCGCUGGGAUCGGCGGCCGCUCUACCCGCGCCGCCUUGGUAAGGUCACCGACCCCGGGGAGGAGGCUCCAGGCCGCAUCGGUCGCGCCGAGCCUGGCUGUGCGUCGCCAUGGCCCCAGUGCAGCAGGAGAACCACCAGGUGAUUCCUCCGGGCGGGGGCAGCGGCUCGGCGUCCGCCCCGGCUCCUCCGCCGCCGGGAGCCGCGCUGGCGGCGGCAGCUGCGGCCGCAGCUAGCCCUGGUUACCGGCUUAGCACGCUCAUUGAAUUUCUGCUGCACCGGGCCUACUCGGAGCUCAUGGUAUUGACGGACUUAUUACCAAGGAAAUCUGAUGUGGAAAGGAAAAUAGAAAUUGUACAGUUUGCUAGCCGGACCCGGCAACUCUUCGUUCGAUUAUUAGCUUUAGUCAAAUGGGCUAAUGAUGCUGGCAAAGUAGAAAAGUGUGCGAUGAUCUCUAGCUUUUUGGAUCAGCAAGCUCUCUUGUUUGUGGACACCGCUGACCGCUUGGCCUCCUUAGCUAGAGAUGCACUGAUCCACGCACGCCUGCCUAGUUUUGCUAUCCCGUAUGCCAUUGAUGUGCUGACUACUGGGUCUUAUCCACGACUUCCAACCUGCAUCAGGGAUAAAAUUAUUCCUCCAGACCCCAUUACCAAAACUGAGAAACAAGCCACGCUUCAUCAGCUUAAUCAGAUUCUCAGACAUCGGCUUGUCACAACAGAGCUUCCUCCGCAGCUCGCGAAUCUUACAGUGGCAAAUGGCCGCGUGAAGUUUCGAGUUGAUGGAGAAUUCGAGGCGACCUUGACAGUAAUGGGGGAUGAUCCAGAAGUCCCGUGGCGCCUUCUCAAGCUAGAAAUCCUAGUUGAGGAUAAGGAAACGGGAGAUGGCCGAGCUUUGGUUCAUAGCAUGCAAAUCGACUUUCUCCAUCAGUUGGUGCAGUCCAGGCUUUUUGCUGAUGAGAAGCCUCUUCAGGACAUGUACAACUGCCUGCAUUGCUUCUGCUUGUCUCUUCAGUUAGAAGUGUUACACUCCCAGACUCUGAUGUUAAUCCGAGAGAGGUGGGGUGACCUUGUGCAAGUGGACAGGUAUCAUGCUGGAAAGUGCCUCUCUCUCUCAGUUUGGAACCAACAGGUUCUAGGAAGAAAAACAGGCACAGCGUCUGUUCACAAGGUUACAAUUAAAAUGGAUGAGAAUGAUGUCUCCAAGCCUUUACAGAUUUUUCACGAUCCUCCUUUGCCAGCUUCGGAUUCUAAAUUAGUCGAAAGAGCUAUGAAGAUUGACCACCUGUCAAUAGAAAAGCUCCUGAUUGACAGUGUCCAUGCAAGAGCCCACCAGAAGCUGCAGGAACUGAAGGCCGUUCUUAGAAGCUUCAACGCUAACGAAAACUCUUCCAUAGAGACUGCACUUCCGGCUCUUAUUGUUCCCAUCUUGGAGCCCUGUGGUAAUUCGGAGUGCCUGCACGUUUUUGUCGAUUUGCAUUCUGGAAUGUUCCAGUUGAUGCUUUAUGGACUUGACCAGGCCACUCUGGAGGACAUGGAAAAAUCUGUGAAUGAUGAUAUGAAGCGGAUCAUCCCUUGGAUCCAGCAGCUAAAGUUUUGGCUUGGACAGCGGCGUUGCAAGCAGUCUAUAAAACAUCUGCCUACGGUAACCACAGAAACGCUGCAGCUUUCCAACUGCUCAACGCAUCCCAUUGGAAACCUCUCCAAGAACAAGCUGUUCAUUAAGCUUACCCGCCUUCCACAGUACUACAUUGUUGUGGAAAUGCUUGAGGCUCCCAAUAAGCCCACUCAGCUAGACUACAAGUAUUACGUCAUGUCUGUGAGCACUCCGGAUGGUGAAGACAGCCCUGUCACGGCACUGCUGCUGCAGCAAUUCAAGGACAACAUCCAGGACAUGGUUUCCUCCACGAAGACUGGGAAACAGACCAGAACUGGUACCAAGCACAAAUGGUCUGAUGACCCGUGUCCAGUAGAAAGCAAGAAAGCCAAACUGUCAGGAGACACGUGUGCCUUUGAUAAAGUUCUAGCUCAUUUUGUCGCUAUGUGUGACACCAACAUGCCAUUUGUAGGGCUUCGAUUGGAGCUGUCCAACCUGGAGAUACCACAUCAGGGAGUGCAAGUGGAAGGUGACGGCUUCAGCCACGCAAUUCGCUUGUUAAAAAUUCCUCCCUGUAAGGGAGUAAACGAGGACACCCAGAAGGCCCUGGACCGCUCUCUUCUUGAUUGCACUUUCCGAUUACAAGGCAGAAACAACCGCACCUGGGUGGCAGAGUUAGUGUUCGCAAACUGUCCGCUCAAUGGCACUUCCACCAGGGAGCAAGGACCAUCCCGGCGUGUGUACCUCACGUAUGAAAAUCUGCUGUCUGAACCUGUUGGUGGUAGAAAAGUGGUUGAAAUGUUUCUUAAUGACUGGAGCAGCAUUGCCCGAUUAUAUGAAUGUGUGUUGGAGUUUGCACGUUCUCUACCAGACAUACCUGCUCAUCUGAAUAUUUUCUCCGAAGUUCGUGUUUAUAAUUACCGAAAACUCGUCUUGUGUUAUGGAACCACCAAAGGAAGCUCAAUUAGUAUCCAGUGGAAUUCCAUUCACCAGAAAUUUCACAUUUCUUUGGGAACAGUUGGCCCAAACUCUGGGUGCAGUAACUGUCACAAUACCAUUCUCCACCAGCUUCAAGAAAUGUUCAACAAAACACCGAAUGUGGUUCAGCUGUUACAGGUGCUGUUUGAUACUCAGGCGCCGCUGAAUGCCAUCAACAAACUCCCUACUGUGCCAAUGUUGGGCUUGACUCAGCGAACUAACACUGCCUACCAGUGUUUCUCCAUUCUACCGCAGUCAUCCACCCACGUCAGACUGGCCUUCAGGAACAUGUACUGCAUUGAUAUAUACUGCUGUAGUCGAGGGGUCGUGGCAAUACGGGAUGGUGCCUAUAGUCUUUUUGAUAACAGCAAGUUAGUUGAAGGCUUCUAUCCUGCGCCCGGAUUGAAGACAUUCCUGAACAUGUUUGUUGAUAGCAACCAGGAUGCUCGGAGAAGAUCUGUAAACGAGGAUGAUAACCCCCCUUCUCCUAUAGGAGGGGAUAUAAUGGACUCUUUAAUAUCACAGCUCCAGCCACCUCAGCAGCAGCCGUUUCCAAAGCAGCCAGGAAGUUCAGGCGUUUACCCUCUUACUUCCCCUCCUGCGUCCUACCACACCACAGUGAAUCAGUCUCCGUCUAUGAUCCACACCCAGUCUCCAGGAGCCCUUGACCCUAGUUCUCCGUACACUAUGGUGUCACCGAGUGGUCGAGCAGGAAACUGGCCUGGAUCUCCUCAAGUGUCUGGACCCUCACCAGCAACCCGUUUGCCUGGAAUGUCACCAGCCAACCCGUCUCUACAUUCUCCUGUUCCCGAUGUUUCUCAUUCCCCUCGAGCUGGCACAAGUUCCCAGCCAAUGCCAACCAACAUGCCUCCGCCUCGCAAACUACCUCAGCGCUCCUGGGCAGCAUCCAUACCCACCAUCCUCACUCACAGUGCCUUGAAUGUCCUACUGUUACCCUCUCCAACGCCGGGCCUUGUGCCUGGCCUGGCAGGCAGUUACCUCUGUUCGCCGCUUGAGAGAUUCCUUGGAUCUGUCAUCAUGAGACGACACCUUCAGCGGAUUAUUCAGCAGGAAACGUUGCAGCUGAUCAAUUCCAACGAACCCGGUGUGAUCAUGUUCAAGACAGAUGCCCUGAAAUGCAGAGUAGCCCUUAGUCCCAAAACCAACCAGACCCUUCAGCUGAAAGUAACACCUGAAAAUGCCGGACAGUGGAAACCUGAUGAGCUUCAAGUGUUGGAGAAAUUCUUCGAAACAAGAGUUGCAGGACCACCGUUUAAAGCCAACACACUCAUAGCCUUCACCAAGCUGUUGGGAGCGCCAACACACAUCCUCCGUGACUGUGUGCACAUUAUGAAGUUGGAGCUGUUCCCAGACCAAGCGACACAGCUACAAUGGAAUGUUCAGUUUUGCCUCACCAUCCCUCCCAGCGCACCGCCGAUUGCACCUCCUGGGACACCGGCCGUGGUGUUGAAAUCCAAAAUGCUCUUCUUUCUUCAACUGACUCAGAAGAUAUCAGUCCCUCCCCAAGAACCUGUCAGUAUAAUAGUUCCCAUCAUUUAUGACAUGGCUUCAGGUACCACCCAGCAGGCAGACAUUCCCAGACAGCAGAACUCUUCUGCGACUGCGCCCAUGAUGGUCAGCAACAUCCUGAAGAGGUUUGCAGAGAUGAACCCACUGCGACAAGAGACUAUUUCCAUGGCAACUGACUGAGAAUUGGUCAAAGCGCUGAAAAUAAGUGGCUGUGAGUGCUCAGGUAUACAGGUCAUCUGCAUCAACCUCCCCUCUCCAAAGGCUCAGGAACAUCAUGAAAGAAUGGAUAGAAAGAAUGCAACACCCGUGAAAUGAGGAUGGGAGCCGUGAAAUGCUGUCUUCUCGACAUGAUGUGGCUGAUGUCAAGUCACAACAGCUGUGGCCACCUGCACAAGAUUGUCCUAGUGGGGUGCCAGCAUGGAUUGGGGAGGUGCUCCCAAGGCCCUACCCCUAGCUGAGGAGCUAUUGACAGUUGAUGGCUGUGGAGUGAGGGAGAAGAAUGCACAUCUUCUGUGCAGAUCUGGACUGGUUCCCUCUCUAUAUGCCGAUUCUCUCCUGGUGUUGUAAAGUGGGAUCUGGAUAUGGUGAUCUCAGUCUCCAGAGUUGCAUAGUUCAUGAUCAUUGCCUUUUGCAUUGGUGGGUGUGCAGCUGGUUCUUGUAAUGGUCCCUACUGCUAGUCCCACACGAGAAGCAUCUGUCAAGCCAGCCAAUCCUAUAGUUCCUAGUUCUUGGUUUUUGUGUCUUUUACCUGAGCAGAUACCUUGAGACAUCUUUGAAACAGUUCCCAACAAUAUGUGGCCUUUGUCAAAGAGGCCAAAGCUUGACUGGAAUGAGACAAAAAACAGCCUGAAUUAUUUAUUUUUAAAAUAAUUUUCUGUUUUCUGUUACUUUGGGCUGUCAGACCCAAUAACCAAAGCUAGCUAAUGAACUCUCUUUCUAUAAUAACACACACACACACUCUUCACUGAUUCUGGUCAGUAAGGAACCCUUCCUAAUACAAGUAUAUACCAGAAAUCGAUACACAGCUGUCAUGCAUCAACCCUCUCCAUUCUUUCUCAUUUAUUAGACCGCUUGAAUGCCAUCUCCAGAUUGAAAAUCACUUGCAGUGGCAAUUUUUGCAUAUAUGUGUAUGCAUAUUCACACAUAUGAUUUUUGUGUAUCAGUAAACAAUCUAGAAACUACAAAGGAGAAAAACAUAAAUUUCUCUUUCUAUCACUGCCUGGAUUCACUUAGUAUGGUUGUCUCAGGUUGCAUCCAUUUUACCAAAAACAACAUAACUCCAUUCUUCUUUGUGGCCAUAAAAAAAGGAAAAAAUCCCAUUGUGUGUAUCUGCCAUGUUUUCCUUCUGCAUUCCUCUGUUGUGGAUGGUGCUUGGCUCUAUAGCUUAGCUGCUGUGAACAGUGUUGCAAUAAACAGGUAUGUAAGCAUCACACCAGCAUGGAGGUGUUUACCCAAUAGGGUAUAGAUGGGACCUAUGGUAUAUCUCCUGGCUUUUCGAGAAACCUCCCUUCUGAUUUCCAUAAUCACUGGCAAACUUUACAUUCCCACAUGUUGCAUGUUCUGAGCUAGCCUCACAAGUUUAAAGUACAUAGUAGUCUCCAGAUGGAGUCUCUGAGGGGCUGCUUCUUUUCUUGAAGAUGCUUAACUAUGCAGUUAAACAGAAUCGGGUCUGCUUCCUGAGUCCCACUGGUUAGUCCCGUACAGAACUCCAAGUCUGCUCCAUUUGACAGUUUUGUAUCUAACACCCAGCAGCAUUUCAGUACAACAGGAGUCUGGCUCUGUUCAGUCCCCACACUAUUGUCAGAGCAGCGGGACAUCACUGGAUGCAACUUGGAUUUCGUCCAACAGGUACAAAGCCUAGCACUCAACCAUGCAGAGUAGGUACAAGAGGAUGGGGUGUGGUUUUUACUGACCGGGUGCACUCCAAAUACUUUCCCCAGCUUUUAAUUUCUUAAAACAGAAAUGAUAUUAGAUUAUCUCCAAAAAGGAUUUGCUAGCUGUAACUUACGAAUGCAAAGCUGAGUUAUAUUUAUUUUCUCAUUUUGUGUACCCAGUAAAAAAGCCAGCCCUGUGGGGAAGGAAGCAGGUUGUAUCCAGCAUUGCUCUUGAAGUGGGA